UGCUCAGCGGGGCCUGCACACCAGACGGUCGUUUUCCCCGUGCCGACCGCGACUGCCCGACGCGCCAUCGGUCUUCCUGCACUGCCAAAAAUAUGCCCCCGGGGCAGAGCCGCAGCGCCAGGCGCGCCGCCGACCCCUCGCUAUGUCAGUAACGAGCGAACCGCGAUCGCGAACGCGACGUACGUAGCCUGCUCUCGGCUUGGCACAACGUGGGCUGUCUACUUUGUCAAAGAUCAGCUUUGGACUGGUUGAAUGCGAUCAAGACACGUCUAUCAAGGACACCACAAAUCGCGAUGGAUCAAAUCGGCUCUGUGUCUGUCCUGGACGACUACCUUCACAACAUUGUCGGCGAGGAGGCACACGUGCGUAUAGCUUUUGAUGAGUGUGUGGGACGUCACCUGGUAGCAACCCGUGACCUCGCAGUGGGUCAGGUCAUCGCCCGCGAGACGCAGGCCAUCUCGGCGCCUCAGAGUGGCCGUCUUUGUGUCGGAUGUCAGCGCCGUCCUGCCGGCUCCGAAGGUUGUCCCCGCUGUGGGUGGCCGCUCUGUAAUAUUUGUGCGGAUGAGGUAGAGAGCGGCAAUCUGUCGUCUUCGUGGCUGCAUGUAGAGUGCGAAAUCCUGACACCGCUGCGCGAGAAGCGUCCGUGGCAGACAUGGCGUGCGCCUGGUGCGGUGCUGGGAGUCCUGCGCUGCCUUCUGCUGCGCAAAGAACGACCCCAAGUCUGGACUGCCGUUGACUGUCUCCAGGACAACGUCACGAAUCUCGGCCGCACUCCGUGGCUGCAGGGAUGUCUUCAGAACAUCAUCGCGCCGAUCCAGAACGAUUGCGGCCUGAAUGAGUCCGUGCGAACUCUAGCACACAUCGCCGGGGUGCUAGACACCAACUCCUUCGCGGUAUCGGCUGCCGAUGGCAUGUCUGCCAGAGCGCUAUACCCACUCCUCUGCCUGAUGGCUCACGACUGCUCCCCAAACACCAACCGCUUCUUCGACUCUGGUGUGACCACACUGAUCGCCACCAGACCCAUAGCAGCCGGAGAGCGCGUCCUCACGUCCUACACCUCCCUGCUCUGGGGAACGGACGCCAGACGCUCCCACCUCGCCGCCACAAAGUUCUUCCACUGCACCUGUCGUCGCUGCGAACAGCCUAGCGAGCUCGACGCUGAGGUGACGUCUCUGGCCUGCCACAAAGAUGUCGACGACGGCAGCAUCUGCGGAGGUCGACGAUCAAGCCGUCGUGUUGGGGACGACGAAGUCUGGGAAUGCGACCGGUGUGGGUUCAGGAUGCCGGCAGCCAAGGUGCGCACGCUACACCAGAUGCUGGCGAUGACGCUGGGCAGGACGCUGGAGCUGCGGGACGUCGAGAAGGCGGAACGCUGGGCGGAGGCGCACCGUGAGGUGCUGGCUGAGAACCAUCACUUCCUGCUGGAGACGCGUCUGCUGCUUGUGGACUUGUACGCGGAGAGAAAGGAAGGUGAUGUUAUCGAGAACAACAGAAAGCGACGACGUCUCUGUGAAGGCCUGCUGGAUAUCACUUCCAGGCUGGAUCCGGGCCCCACCCGCAUGAGAGGGAAGCUCCUCUGCCACCUGAUCGAGAGCACUGUGCUGGCUGGCGACCCCCGGCAGAAGCCGGACUCGUGGUACGUGGCAUUGGCUGAUGAGGCGGUGACCAUCCUUCGCUACGACGGCCUCCUGCGCCCACUGGCAGAGCGAGUGAGGGAGCUGGUCCGGGCUCGGAUGCCUGCUACCUGAGCGCCACCUACGGCCAGGCUGUGCGACCCGCGCGCCACCUGUGCUCGAAGCUGCCGGCCUGUUGUCCACCGUCUCAUGUGGCUUACUGCCGUGUAUGUCUUUGUCGAAAGAAAACGGCUGUCACGUUUUUGCAGUCCAGUGGCUGUCUUCAAAUAACAUUAUUUGAAGCUUAGAUAAUUAUUAUCACGCCAUAGCACAUUAUUUGUAGCUUUCCAGGAAAGUCUCCAUGCAUGACAACCAGAUAGGCAGCUUUUUACUGAUGAGUCUUGUGCCGAACUGCCUAAAAUUGAUGUGAAGGUAGAAGUGAACCCAUGAUGAUAGGAUACGGCUAGAUGGAUACAUCAGUUGUUAUCUGCGAGUACCUCUUGUUUUGUAUUUUGAAACGAGUGAUCUAAUAUCACUUGGUUUAUGUGCUGGAACUUAUCACAUACACAAUACCUUUAUCGAGCGAAAACUUGAUAUAGAAAUCAAUACCGGUAAGAAUACGACUGAGUAACAAUGUGUUGGGUCGAGUUAUCAUAUUGCCGACUCAAAGUCUCAGUGCCAAGUGCCUCAAAGUUUUCGAUGUAAACACCAAACAGUUUGUGUUAGCUGUUAGUUCUUUUGUUUUGAUCUACCAUGUCGGAUGUCUUAGCACGAAUGUUUGAUCAACGAUCAUAUUAAUGUUUAACCCGCGCACCGACGGGGGUCUGCGCUAACUUCGUACCGACGGGGGGGGAGGGCGGAUGACCGCCCCCCCCCCCCUGAGAUCUCGAGAACGAAGCAAGAUAGCGACAAGCGGUAAACGGCAAGGGAUACGCACGGACAAGGUCUACAAUUUUUACAAAGGUCAUUUUCAGGUCAGGUCAAAGAUGACGUCACAGGGGUCAAAAAAGUUAAAAUGGCGGCGCUAGGUAUAGGGAGAGUUUUUCUCGAAUAACUUUCGAACUAGUCAACAUAGGAACACACUAAGGGCAUCAUCGUGAUCCUCUCGUUAAUCCACAUCGAAGGAUAUAUAUGUUGACCUCGAAAGGUCAAGGUCAAAGGUUGACCUCAGGUCACGUGACCUCGAGGUCAUCAUGUAUAUCAUUCGAUGCGCCUUGACGAUCUGAACACAAUGAGACCAUCCGCGCGGCUGUAUCUUCUUCCUGUACGGAGUUAUUGUAAAAAAAAACGCUGGUGACCUUUGAUGACGUCACAUGACCUUACAUCUACCCAACAGUAAAACAGACCUCAAGGUAAAGAAGGUUGAUCAUAUAUGAGGUCAUGUAUGGUUUAUGGGGCCAUUCCGACCCGUUUUAGUGGUAAAAACAGGGAGCUGAUUUUUCCCCCAUUGACUUAUAAUGGGGGGUCGAGAAAUUGACCUGACCUUAGGUCAUCGAUAUCAAAAUUCCGAGAUAAACAAAUUGUAGCUACUAAUGACCUUUUAACAUCCUGCGACUUUCAAAGGCCUCCAACAUCUACUGUAACUCUGGCACGGUGACAAAGUUGCAAAAAAGUAACUUGAGGUUGGGUCAUUCAAAGUGACCUGGUGACCUGACCUUAAAAGUUAGGAGGUUCAAACUUGCACACCAUGUGUAAAAUUGAUGAGAGAAUAGUCGUACCAAAUUUUCGCGGCGCGUAGCGCCGCGGUUUUCCCGCUAUUCGCGAAAACCCUCAGGGGGUGGAUAUCCGCCCCCCCCCCGUCGGUGCGCGUGUUAAAUAUUUGAGACAUGUCACCCGCAUCGAUCGAAAUACUACAUAAAGCGGGCUUUUAGAUGGAUAUUAAUGCGAACACCCCUGAUCCCGUCAUGAUUUGUGUGUUUCCAGGCAAGUGAAUACGUAUCACACUAGUGAGACGAUUCAUAUGUGUAGAUUGGAGAAGGCUGCGGCUCCUUGACUGUGAGGCUAACUGAUAAUCUUAAUUUUGAUGAAAGCUUAACAUUUUUCACAUGACAGCUGUGUUUGCGUAAGCAUUUAAAAAAGACACAGCUUGUAAUGACAAAUCGUUCAUUGAAAACAAUGUAUUUAUGUGUUUGCAAGUCGGCGAGCAAAUAUAUAGGGUAGCCUGGGGCAAGACGCCCCAGAUAAUUUAUUUUGCUACAUAACUUUUGUCCCAUAUCACCUGAAAGGCCAAAUUUGUGCUCAAUGCGUUCUUUGGACAUUUUACUUUAAAUUCCACCCCUCAAAUUCAUUCACUUAUGAUCGGACUCCCAGCUAGGAACUGAUUUGUGAAGCAACUGCAAAUAGGACGUUUUGCCCCAAGCCCAGGGCAAAACGCCCCACGGCCUGGGGCAAGAAGCCCCAUACUCUAGAUUAAAGAUUAAACAUGCUAGUUGACUAAAUCUCAUAUGAGAGGUCCGUUAGACCUUGGGAGGCACGGCACUGAAGUUAGCACCUUCCAUCCUAUCAGGUGUUCAGCUACGACACUAUUGUAUGAGCAGGUUUUUCACCUGCCUCACAAGGCCAAAUAAUAAAUUAUUACAAUGCAAAUGUUAACAAAAUACUUCCUUUGCCAUCCAGUUGCUGAGAAAAGUACAUAUAAAUGCAUAGAAACAUACCGUUCGCCAGCUACCGAACAUUAGGAAGUGGGUAGUCCGAACAACACAUGAGGUAAAACGCCCCAUGGGGCUUUUUGCCCCGCGACCUACUGGGGCGUUUUACCCCAUCACGUAGUUCGGUCAGAGAACAACGCCUUGCACUCCAGGAAGACAUAAUCUAACACGAACCAACCCGGCAUGAUAAGCGUAAGACAAUACAUAGUUGUUCAAAAUACAUAAAAGUCGUUAACCUGAUGUGGACGAUAAAAGAACGCCAUGAUGCAUAAUCUGACAACAAAACAUAAAAAUCACUCCCAAAACACAUUUUUGGCUAUGUCUCCCUAAAGAGUCAUCACAAUUUCUUUCCAGUCUGCUCAUAUAAUGAUCGUAUAGUGCACGUUUUAUAGAAGAGAGGAUGUUUCCCCAGAACCUUGCCAGUUCCGAGAAACAUCGGUGAGGCGUUUUACCUCGGCGGGGCGACUUGCCCCGGUCUACCCUAUAGCUGCAUUUUGAACACUUAUUUACCUCUUCAUUUGUUAAAUGGCUGUAGGUAUAGCAGCUACAAGCUAAUUAUAGCUAUUUCGGAUUCAUAUUUGAGAGGUCUUUUGCGUUAAUUCAUACACAAUUGGUAUCGAUCUAAGGCAAUGGAUUAAAUUUGCCGCGAAGGGAAAGCUGGCGGGGGCCGCGGGGGGGGGGGGGGGUGCGCAGAAUCUUCCCUCCCCCGGCAGGUCGCGUAUGGCUGGAUAGUCAAGAGGGGCGCGGAUUCACUAAGCAUUGUUGCAAAUAUUACGAAGGUGUGUAAAAAAAUGUGUUACCAUGCGUCUGUCAGAUCUACAACGCAUAAAGUACGAGAAGGUACACACACAGAAAUAUUGAGCGCAAAAACGGUGUAAUUGAAAGUACCAAAAAGAACAUUUUUUUUUUGGUGUAAAAUAACUCUGUUUUCUGGGUAAAAGAACACUUAUAUGUGUGUUUUGCUAGCUUCGGAGUGUUUCACUAUUGUGUAGAAGAACCGCUUUCAGUGUAACUUUACCGCGAAUCUCGCGUUACAUUUACGCACAAAUAUGUGUUUUUGGUAAAAAGUACCAAAAGGAACACUCGCGUGGUAAUUGUACACAUAUUCAUGGCGGUAAAUUUACACAAAUAUGACGGUUAUUAUAACGAUUUUUUCUGGUAAAGCUAAUGUUGGGCCCUCAAAAUUUGUAACGCAAGCGACACGCGGCGGAACGUUUCGCCAGCUUCGAGCCAUAUAGUAGAAAGUGGCAGCUCUCCGUGACAGGUCUGCAUUUUAUCGCAAUAUGCCCAUGCAAGUGUUACACGCACCCAUCCACCAACGUAUACCUAACGUCAUGUAACCGCAAACAGACAAUACAUUUAGAGUAGCGACUAA